UUAAAGAUAUCGAAAAUACAGAGAAGAUCUCCGCUUUCAAGAGUUUGGGCAUGCUGGAUAGGUUUCUCGCGCUAUGGAUCAUCCUUGCUAUGGCGAUAGGAAUUCUACUGGGUAACUUUGUGCCAGAAACUGGUCCAGCUCUAGAGAAAGGUCAAUUCGUGCAUGUGUCGGUUCCCGUUGGUAAGGAUAUAUGCUAUAUUCGAGUCUACUGGAGUGCUCAAGCUGACAUCUCCCGUCUACANGCUAUCGGUCUGCUCGUCAUGAUGUAUCCCAUCUUGUGCAAGGUCAAGUACGAAACCCUGCAUCUCGCUUUCAAGGAGAAAAAGCUCUGGAUACAGAUUGGGUUCUCGAUCGUGAUGAACUGGAUCGUCGCCCCCUUCCUCAUGCUCCGUCAGAGAACUCAUCGUUCGAACAGNCUUGCUCUCUCCUGGGCGUUUUUGCCAGAUAGGAGCGAACUUCGAGAGGGACUGAUCCUCGUUGGCCUUGCCAGAUGUAUUGCCAUGGUGCUGAUUUGGACCGGACUUGCUGGUGGUGACAACGAGUACUGUGCUAUUCUCGUUGCCAUCAACUCCAUACUUCAGAUCGUUCUUUACGCACCUCUUGCCAUCCUCUUUAUCAACGUCAUCAGCCAUUCCUCGAGUGGUAUUUCGCCCUCAUACUCGACCGUUUCGACCAGCGUAGCCGCCUUCCUCGGUAUCCCAUUGGGUGCCGCUAUCCUUACCCGCAUCGUACUGCGUGCAAUCACGAAGAACGAUUGGUACGAUCGAGUGUUCCUCAAAUGGGUUGCGCCAUGGUCACUCAUCGGCCUCAUCUAUACCAUCAUCGUCCUAUUCGCAUCACAAGGCCACCGUGUUGUACAUCAGAUUGUCUCUGUUGUCCGUGUUGCUGCCCCAUUGAUUGUCUACUUCAUCACCAUCUUUGGCUUCACACUAUGGGUCACUCAUAAGCUGGGUUUUGGCUACCGACUUGGUUCCACACAAAGCUUCACUGCUGCAAGCAAUAACUUUGAGUUAGCUAUUGCUGUUGCUGUGGCCACAUACGGAGCCAACAGUGAUCAAGCCCUGGCCGCAACGGUGGGUCCUCUGAUCGAAGUUCCUGUGCUCCUGGCAUUGGUGUACGUAGUGAGAUGGUUUGGCAAUAAGCGACAAUGGGCACCG